AUGUACUGGCUUGAUGGUAGGGAUAUGAUUCUGCCUCUGGGUGGUGAGGAAUACUGGGAGACACCUGAACGCGAUGAGGUGAUAGAGAAGGCUCACAAUGCGAUAGGAGUCCUUGCUGACAAUCUCAAGGCUGCUGUUGUUUUGGGUGAUCGCACGCGGUGGUGGAUUUCUGCAUGUGAAUAUAUUGACGCUGUCAUUGGGAUCGUGCGUUGCGAGGCUUUGUGGAGUUAUAGGGACGAGGGUGUUGGGUAUAACACAUGUAAGGAUGUGUUUGAGUGGCUGGACGCCAUUUACGCUGAGUGGACUUCUAUUCCUAUGGUCCGCUUGUAUGAGCUCACAUGCGAGCGCUAUCUGAAGUCCCUUCCAACGGAUCUCAUUGUCCCUCUAGCCUUUGCCACAUUUCGCCCAUCCCUUUCCCCUCUUCCCCUUGAUCUUGUGGCUGACUCUGCACAAGCUGACGACGAGCCAGAAUCAGAUAAGAAAAACAAAGGUGGGAAAAGUACUUGGUGGGCUCUUGCCACCACAGGUGGCAUCCACCAAUCAUACGCCAGUGUAAAGUGGGCAUGA